AUGCUUUUGAGUGGUUUGUUAUCUCAAGAGUCACACAAUAGAAGUUUUUCAGAGAAAAAUAUUCCUUAUGAUCAUGAAGAUGAUAUCACAGAAAUGGAAUUGUCAAUUAAAGAAGUCAAUACAGAAAAAUUUAUUGGUAAUAAAUCUGAUCCAUCUUUUAAACGAAUUAAUUCUAGAUUAGUUCACUUGUCUAAUAGGGUAGCUAAUUUAAAAGUAGACUCUGAUGAAGAAGUUACAGCCCAAAAUACAAUAAAAACAAAAAUAAUCAUGUUAGAAGCUGAUUUAUCAGAAAAAAUUAAUAAUAAUUCUUCAAGUUUUAACUCUAGUACUGUAUCUACAGAACAAGUUAGUUGUCCUUCAUAUAUAAGUGUAGAUGUUCAUAAAUGGGGUGUAUUCUAUAAUGGUAAUAAUUAG